AGUUUCUGUUGAUAUUUCCUGAUUUGUUGACAUUUACAAAGUUAUACCGUGUGAUUUAACAGAAGUAAAAUUGUGCAAAAUGAAUGUUUUUGAGAAGGUUAAGGGGAAAUUUCAAAAUGUGCAGCAAGAUUUGUAUGAUGGACUGAAAGCUUUGACAUCGUUGGAUUCCCAACCUCGUCAUGGCAUGUUGCGACAACUUCACACAGAUGGAGUUAACCUUGAUGCAGGAGCUGAUCUGUUGAAUAAAUAUCAAAAUACCUGGAAGGAGCUACAAGAUAAUACAGUUGAGAAUGCACAAAAAGCAGAGAACGUGGACUGUCAAAUUGGUCUUCUCUUCGUGAGGUGGGAUCGUCAGUUAGAAACGAUGGGUCGUUUGGAGACAGAGGUUAAAGAAUUACCCAGUGUUCUUAGUAUGAUCUCUCAACUAACUAACACUCUGGGUUACGUAGAAGAAAGAUGUAAGAUGUUGGAAGCGGCUCUGGAGAGGUUUGAAGAUGUGUGUGAAGAGGAGCUCAUGCAGCGUGAACGAGUGAGUCACGUUUUACAGCUGGCCAACUACAAGAGACAGCGCAACGAGGAAGUGGAAAAAAUCAAAGCUCAGUUAUCCAAGGCACACACUAAAACGAUGCAGUCCAUUGAGCGUCAGCGACUGAGUAAAUUGAAAGAGCGAGAACAGGUUUUCUCAGAGGCCUUCUCACAAGACAUAAACUACUAUCAGACUCAUGGACGUAUUGAAAAAUUGACCAUGACCAACAUUCUACUGCCUAAAGUGAGCAGUCUUAGCGAGAUCACUCUGGACCAAGACGACCAUGACCUUGACAAGUUUCUCGAGUCGACCGAGGCAGAAAACUCUCAAGACAUUCCAGGGUUGUCUGUGGCCAACAUCCCGAUGCCACAUGUUAGCAGUCUCACCGACAUCUCCAUAGACCCAGAUACCAGUGGCAGUGUUCUCAAGUUUCUCGAUUCUACCGAGGUGGACAGCUCACAAGACAUUCCAGGUGAAAGAAAACACGGGAACAGCAUUACAGAACCUGAUGGAACAUUCUUUGAAGACGACUACACAGCUAAUUACAGUGUCGACUACAGCAUCCCAUCCAGUGAUGACUUUCCAGAUCACCACCAACACCACAAGGACCAGCUUCGUAGAGAUGAAUCCAAAGAUCAGAAUUUAGGAAAUGCCAGUCCAAAGUGUGAUGAUGCAUCCAGGGAAAGCAUGCAACAAGACCAAUACAAGGGUUGUAAAGAUGAAACUAAAGACAGCGAGGAGGUUGGUCCAGAAGAUGAGGAACCAAAUGAUGGAGCAUGGAGAGAAGGUGUUCAAGAAGAUGAAGAACUGGACCAGCGUUGUACAGAUAAAACUGAAAGUUGCGAGGAGAAGUUAAAAACUGUCAAGCUGGCCAGUGAUAAAAUGGACCACGACGGUUCAGGGGAGAGUGCCAGUAACGACAAAGAACGUACCAAGGAGGAAGAUAGUGCUUCUUUAAAAGAUGUGAAAACUAGCAAUACUUAGGAUAAUGUUGAAUAACAAGCAGAUUGUAACUAUAGUCCUUCCCAGCCUUCCAUUUCUCAUUCCAACCAGUGCACCACAUUUGGUCAAAGGCCUUGGUAUGUGCUAUCCUGUCUAUGGGAAAGUGCAUAUAAAAGAUCCUUUGCUGCUAAUGGA